CAUCGUUCAUCCGUACUCCACACAGCAGCAAUAAUAACACUUCCAAGACCCAAUCACUUUCUCGCUGUAUGAACUAGGUAUUAGUUCUACCGAAAUACCGAGCCUCACUUAGGCGUCAUGGUAAUGAUCGUCGGCGGAAAGUUUCUUCCUACCCCGUGGAGUGGAGGAUGCAUGGAUAAAGGUAACGUGAUGGGAAGUAUCCCGCAGUCAAUCAUUCCUGGUUUAUAAUUGAUCUGAAGGUUCAUUUUCAAGCAAGAGACUUUCGAACACUCAUAUCUCCUCAAUUGUCAAUCCAAGUCUUGGAGAUUUCUGAAUAGGCUGAAUAUGUGUGGUGCACCAUCACGAUGAAAACACCAAGUCUCCUCACCCUCGCUCUAUGCGUGAGACUCAUAGCAGCCUCCAUCGACCGCCAAGUAAUUGUCUCUCAAUUCAACCCAACUCGAUAUGCGAGCUCAAACUCGACGCCCAUGCAAGUAGGUAAUGGCAAUUUCGCAUUCGGCACCGAUGUCACUGGUCUCCAAACUUUCUUGCCGUUUGGAACAUUGUCUUCUUGGGGAUGGCAUAAUUUCUCUCUGCCGACGGAUGCGAAUCAGACUGUACCCGAGGACUUUACGGGGUUGGAUUGGUGGACUCAUGGACGGUUGGUCAAUUAUGAUCAACCGAAUCCUGCUGAGCCUGUGAUAUCGAAUUGGCUUAUUCAGAAUCCUCAGAGGCUUAACUUGGGACAAGUGGGGUUUUGGUUUGAGCCUAGUCUGAAUGUUACAGAAGAGAGCUUGGUUGGGAAGGUUCAGACAUUGGAUCUUUAUUCUGGGAUUAUCACUUCGAAAUUUGAGUUUUUGGGGAAAAAUCUUCAGGUUAAGACUGCUGUGGAUCCGGAUUCCGAUACUGUGUCGAUUCAGGUUGAGUCUGAGCUUCUGGAAUCUGGAGAACUAGGAAUCUUUUUUGACUAUCCUUACUCCGAUGUCAAUAAGUUCGAUGCUCCAUUUGUUGGAGUCUGGAAUGCGACUUCGAUGCAUACGACGUCUCUCCAGCAGAGUGAGGGCCAGGCACAAAUCACACAUGAGAUUGACGCCACCACUUACUACACCUCCAUAAAAUGGGACGUCGAAGCUUCCAUCACCGGACCAGAAAAUGGCACGCACCGAUACACCCUCCUUCUGACCUCAAACUGUGGCAACACCCUCGACCUAAGCGUCAACUUCUCUCCCUCCCUCACCAAAGACGUCCCUACCGCAGACACAACAUCCCUCACCUCCCAAUCCUGGUGGCAGCAGUACUGGGAAACCGGCGCGUUCAUAGACCUAACAUCCACCCCCUCCACAAACGCCACUGAGCUCCAGCGCCGCAUAAUCCUCUCUCAAUAUCUAUUAGCCGUAAAUUCCGCCGGCCACGACUCGCCCCAAGAAUCUGGCUUGGUGAGCAACGGCUGGUAUGGAAAAUUCCAUCUCGAGAUGCCUGUCUGGCAUUUAGGGCAUUGGGCACGCUGGGGCAAAUGGUCGUUGUUGGAAAGAGCUAUACCUGGGAUGUAUGAAAGAUUCUUACCAACUUCGAUACAGAGGGCCCAAGAACAGGGAUAUGAGGGCGCGAGAUGGGGCAAGAUGAGUGAUCCGACGGGACGGUCGGCGCCGGGGGAGAUCAAUUCGUUGUUGAUUUGGCAGCAGCCUCAUGUGAUGUAUUUCGCGGAGAUGGAGUAUAGGGACUUUCCUGGUGAAGAGACUUUGAAGAAAUGGGACGAGUUGUUGACGUGGACGGCGGAGUUUAUGGUUUCGUUUGCUUGGUGGAAUACAAGUACUGGAGUCUAUGAUCUAGGACCACCAAUGUACCCGGUUUCAGAAAACACCAAUCCAAACGCAACCAUAAACCCGACUUUCGAACUCGCAUACUGGCGUUUCGGCCUCUCGAUCGCUUCUUCGUGGAAAAGUAGACAGAAUCUCUCGAUCCCAGCGAAAUGGACACACGUCCUCAACAACCUCGCUCCGUUACCCAUCGAAAAUGGCACAUAUAUAAUCUAUGAAGGAAUUCCGAAUAUGUGGAUUGACAACACAACAUACUACGACCACCCCGCCAUGACAGGGAUCUACGGCUUGCUCCCUCCCCUCUCGAUCCCGUCUUUCAAUCUGACGAUUAUGUCGAACACUGCGUCUAAGAUUGCCUCGAUCUGGGAUUUCUCGCAGCUGUUUGGGUGGGAUUUCCCGAUGUUGGCGAUGAAUGCAGCGAAGUUGGGGGAGCCGGACAAGGCAGUGGGCUAUUUACUGGAUCCUAAUUUUGUGUUUGAUGGUGUGGGGAUGCCGGUGGGAGGGCCGAGAGUGGCGACGCCGUAUAUGCCGGGCAGUGGCAGUUUGUUGCUGGCUGUUGCUAUGAUGGCUGGUGGAUGGGAUGGUAUGAGUGAAGGUGUGAGUGCGUGGCCGGAAGGGUGGGUGGUGAGAAGUGAAGGAUUCGCGAGAGCGAUGUAGUGAGG